UUUUCAAUGAAAUGUGGUCAGUAGUAGCAGAAUAGCUGGGCUGUGGGAGAGGCCAGAUGAUAUGAAGCACUUGGCCAAGCGCAUUCAUGGCGUUCAUAUCUCCUUCUUUGAGGUUGAUACGAUUAAUAUACCCAAGGGCCUCCUUUUCUUCUUCUUCUUCUACUAAUGUGAAAUUGGCAGGUGGGGUUUCCAUGGUCCAGGGAGCUUCCAGAGGAAUUGGCCUUGAAUUUGUUAAACAGCUGCUGGAGAAGAAUGAGAGAGGCCAUGUUGUUGCUACCUGUCGAAAUCCUAAUGAGGCAACUGGGCUUCUUAAUCUGAAACAUAAGUUUGAUGAUCGCCUUAGCAUUCAACAAUUGGAUGUUACUGUUGAAAGCACUAUAGAGGAAUGUGCGAAGUCUAUUCAAGAAAGAUAUGGCUCUUUAAACCUUCUCAUUAAUGCAUCUGGGGUUCUAUCAAUAUCUGACAAAUUACAACCAGAAACGACAUUGAGCAAGGUGCAGAAGUCGUCUUUGCUGUUUGCUUAUGAAGUUAACGCUGUGGGUCCUAUUCUGGUGAUCAAGCAUAUGUGGCCUCUCUUGAAGAAUGGAGGGGGCUCUGGGACUGAAAGAGAUGUUGCAAUUGUGGCCAACUUAAGUGCUAGGGUGGGAUCUAUUGGGGAUAAUCGCCUCGGGGGUUGGCAUUCUUAUCGCUCUUCAAAAUCUGCUCUUAAUCAAUUGACAAAAACCAUAUCAGUGGAGUUUGCACGAAAGAAGGAUCCAAUUAUAUGCAUUCUAUUGCAUCCAGGCACAGUGGACACUGAUCUCUCAAGGCCAUUUCAGAGAAAUGUUCCAGAAGGCAAGCUGUUUACCAAGGAAUUCUCUGUGCAGAAGCUCUUAACCAUUAUCAACGGAGCAAAGAGGCAGGAUAAUGGAAAAUUCUUUGCCUGGGAUGGUCAGGAAAUUCCUUGGUAAUUAGUUAGAAUCUUUCUAAAUAAAGUGAUGAAUAAGAGCCUGUUUCUCCCUGAAUUAAGAAACUUCUUUUUGGGAUUUUAAAACGGAAUUUUAUUACAAUUUGUUGUUUUUAAUACCAGAAAGUAUUUUUUUUAGUUCAUGGCCAAACAAGAGCUAACUUUUCUUUUU